AAGAAGGUCAAGGACCCGAACGCCCCCAAGCGCCCUCCCUCCGCCUAUCUCAUCUUCCAGAAUGAGGUCCGGGAGGAGAUGCGCUCCAAGCUCCCUGCCGACGCGUCGUACAAGGAUGUCAUUGCUGCGAUUGCGGCGAGAUGGAAGGAGAUGACUGCAGAGGAGAAGAAG